AGGAGUGGAGGGUAUACUAGAAUUUUCUAGCCUGAACAAACUAGAGGGACUUCUAUAUUUAGACAAAGCCAAUCUAAUAUACUACGGAGUAGUUCCGAGCGGUGAGUGAACCACCACAGCCGCCGCUGCCUCUCAGAACAGACUCGAUUCAUUUCAUUUUACCACCCAUGGUCAUGGCCGUUUCUCUCUCUAACAAUUUCUCCCUCUGCUCCACUCCUUCCCCUUGUGUCUCUUUCUCUCAUUCUGCUUCAACACCUUCUAAAACCCAGAAACCACAAUUCCCCAAGACCUUAGUAGCUCUUAAACCCCACCUUAAUCGCCCCCACCAUAUUCUCUCCAAACCCCCGACAGUUUUAGGAUUUAAUCUCUCCAGCUUAUCUCCAUUCAACAGUAACAAGUAUAGGCCUUCAUUUACGUCCUCUCUCGCACUCCAGGAUUCUACUUUCCAAACAAAUGAUGAUGAGGGUCAGCCAAAUGAUUCGAAACUAUCAGAAAGUAAAGCAGAUCCAAGAGGGACUUUAAGCUUGAAGUUGCUUAUUAAUGUCUACAAGGAGGCUCUACUGGAUGGAAAUGAAAAGGCCAUAUCUGAAGUUGAGGCUAUGAUUUGCAUUGCGGAAAAUGAGAAGAAUGAAUUGGUCCAGAAACUGUCGGCUAUGUCAGCAGAGAUAAAGUCCGGGAAUGAGAAAUAUAUCCGUUUGCAAGCAGAUUUUGACAACUUCAGGAAAAGAACAGAAAAAGAGAGAUUGACCAUAAGGGGUGAUGCCCAGGGAGAUGUAAUUGAGAGCCUUUUGCCAAUGGUGGACAGUUUUGAAAGGGCAAAGCAACAAAUUAAACCAGAAACAGAGAAGGAAAAAAAGAUCGAUACAAGUUACCAGGGUAUUUAUAAGCAAUUUGUGGAAAUCUUGAGGAGCUUGCGUGUGGCAGUUGUACCAACAGUUGGAAAACGAUUUGAUCCCUCUGUGCACGAAGCGAUUGCACGCGAGGAGUCUCAAGAGUUCAAAGAAGGCUUUGUUAGUCACGAGCUUCGUCGUGGCUUUCUCCUUGGGGAUCAACUAGUACGACCCGCAAUGGUUAAAGUUUCUACUGGCCCUAGGAAAGAGAAACAAACCUCAGCCACUGGGAAAUUCACUGGGCAACCGACAGCAGCAGCUGGACUAGAUAACCGAUAGCACUGCCAUGAACUUUUUUUGUUUAACCAAGAAAUCCGAAUCCCAUGCAUUCUCUGAAGAUUUUGUUGGUUGUUUGAUUUUGGUUUACCAGUGCACGGGGAAAUGUUCUGGCGUGUAUUUUCUGUUACAAAAGCUGUAGUCGUUUUCAAUGUGAAAUCGCCGUCAUGAGAAGCAUUCCUUUGGUCUAAUAAAGGAACUGGUACUUGUUUGGGAGCCUCCAGUGUCUUUAGAACAUGAUAUAAAGCUUUUCACUAAAUAUGCGUGACAGUUCAUUAUUCAUGUUUGUCAAAA